UGCACCUCCGGUGUAUCGGUGAAACCAAGAUGGUUUCCAAGGUGCAAGGAACGUUUGAUCGAUGCUCGAGUCUGUUCAAGGUGUUAGCACCGGAGCCACAGCGAAGGAACGCGCGAUGCCGAGGAGACGAGACAAGCGUCCGCUCAGCUGGACGCUGGUCGCCGAAAAUAUCGAAAAUGUGGAACGCGUGAAGCUCGAUCCCGAGACGCAACGCGAACUGGGUUGCUUGGUGGGCGAGGACGUGUUCCUGGAAUACCCAUGGGCUUACGCGAACCGAGACGUGGUCGUGCGAGUCGUUAAACGGCUGGAAUCGCCUCUAACGGCGUUCAAAGAGAAGAUCUACGCCUACGAAUCGAACGCGUUCCUCGUGGGCUACGCCUCCACGCGACUGAUCUCCGACGAUUUCGUGAUCUGUCUCACCGAGGAAGCGAAACGUGCAGUCGAGGCGCGAAACAAGAUGAUCACCAGCGCCAUCUCGAGCAGAGUGCUCGACAAGAUACUGAAAACCGCGAGACCGUGGAUCUCGUCGGGCAGCGAGUCGGAAGUGGACGAAAUCGUCGCGAGAAACACGAGGGAGCUGUUCGAGAUCGAAAUCAUAUUGCCCGGCGGCUCCCUAGGCUCCGCUCGAUGUUUAAGCGACAGGGAUUCGAGCGGUUGCAGGGACAGCUACGCUGAACUCGUGAAAGCGAACGAGGAGUACGAGAACAUCGACAGGAAGUGCGUUUCUCGAGCCGCCCAAACUCACUCGCAGCCUCGAGGAGCGUUUGUUCAAACGUAUCCCGGGCAUCCUAAAAACGCGUGGACGCAGUACGCGUACGAGGACGCGUUGACAGGGCAGGUCGAGGCCAACGAGGAGCCCCAAGAUGGCGGGGAGACGAACGACGAGGAAUUGGAGCGUACCGACGACGAACGAUCCAAAGGGAGAAGCGACGCCCUGGAUGAGGAAAGCGACGACGAACCCAGAGAAAAGACACCCUUGGAAUUGUUUCUGGAGGCACGUUCGCCAGAAAUGAUCGACGCGGUUAAGUAUAACGCCGCGGUGAAUGUGCACGUGGACGACAUUGAGAAUUUAUCGCGGGGUAAACGAUCGAUCGGAACGCCCGCCGAGGCGGCGGCCUUUCGCGAGCAGUUGUCGUUCGCUGAUUCGAACAAAGCUAUUUCCGACGUUUCCUUGCCUGCGGGAUCGGUGGAUCGCGCGGCGAUUUCGUACGUUAACGAAAAUCGCUCCGCGGUGCUCGUUUGGAAGUUCGACGAUCCACUGCGCCCUCUGCAUCGUCUACGGCAUCGUCGAGAAAUACAUUCCGUCGCGUUUUGUCCGUUCGACGCGAACCUCGUGAUCGGUGGCUGCUCUAGCGGUCGCGUGAUCGUCUGGAACACGAGAGAUCACAACGAGGAGAUAAAUAUCGAGAUUCCCGCGGUAGCUGUCUCCGACGCGAGCUGCUCUCACCGACUCCCCGUCCGGAGGAUCCAAUGGAUGCCUGCCAAGUACAAAAUAGAGCCAAAUGGAAAGCUGACAGAGUCGUCCGUCGCCGCUGGCCGGCAAUUUCUAACUGCUUCCGAGGAUAGCACCGUCGCGGUGUGGAAUCUCGACGACAAAGUUCCCGAGGACGCUUUCCAACCGAUUCUUCGCCUUCGAAUUCCCGGCGCGAACGGUGAACCUGGACGGUUGACGUGUAUGCAGCUGCCGUCUGGCGGCGUUCUUUGGAACCAAGGCGAAAGCUCUCGAAUUACGAGCAACCCGAGCUUGUGGAUAGGCUGCGCGGAUGGACUGAUAAGGUGCACGUGGGACGAGCAGAUGUUUGACGAGGGAACGGUGAAUGCUGUCGAGUGCAGGAUCUUGGGACGUUCGUGCAUGCACGACGGUCCCGUUACGGAAAUUACACGGUCGCCGCAUCUCGAGGACGUGAUUCUGACGAUCGGUGGUCGCGUGUUCGCGGUUUGGAAGGACGACUGUUUGGAGAGGGCGCUGUUUUGGCGGAGAACCUGUUGCAGUUACACCGCCUGUUGCUGGGCCAGCGAACCGGGCGUUUUUGUGCUCGCUGGCGAACGCGGGGUACUCGAACUUUGGGACAUAAAGAACGAAUCGAGCCAAGCGAUCGUCUCGCAGACGGUAUCGUCGAAAUCGAUCACCCGUUUGUUGUCGUUUAAUUAUGCAAUGGCCGGUCAGCUGUUCCAGACGAUCGGCGUGGCGGACGAGGGUGGAUUUUUUCGCGCGUUCAGCGAACCCGAGAAUCUUCGCGGCGACAGCACGAUCGAGAGGAUGGACUGGUUCGAGGAGUACGUUUGGAGAGAAACGCGGAGGAAGAAGGUAUUCGCCAGUUGGCAGAACGAUUUUCUCGCCAACGAUCCGGCCAUGAUAGCGAAAAGAUCGGCUAGGCGUGACGAGGAACGCAAAAAAGAACUGGAUGAGGCGAGGGAGAGACUUCGACGGGAGCAGAAGGAACGCUCGAGAUCGAAAGCGGAGAAACGGACGCUCGGCGCUCCGAGACCGAAAGACGUUGCAUGGUCGUCGAGGGAGCACGAUAGAAUGAGGUCCGUGCUUUUGGGCAAGAAAAAUUUAGUCCCCUCCGAGUUGGAAGCAAAGAGGCUUCCUCUUGUUCUCCGGGAAGAGGAGAGAGACACGAAGCUGUCGAAAGCUCGAGACGAGACUGCUCGUUGGGAAACGUACUUUUCGAGAGCGCUGACCGAGGAAUUUCCCGAGAUUCCGAAGUCGAAGAACGAGGCUUCGAAGCCCGAAGAACCAACGAUCAAACUUGCAACAUCAGUCGACGAUUGUUUGCGGAAAUACGAUGAAAUACGUAGUAGAGCUCGGGAAAUGUUAACGAACAAUUUUACCGAUUCGAGUUGAAAACGAUAAAAUGUUUAAAAAUUCAUAGACCAUCCAUUUAUUUAUAUAUUUAUUUCCCUACAACUUUUACGCCCCGCAUAUGUAUGUAUAGUGUCUCCCCCUCUUCCGUUUAUCACAGAGACUUUGCACCGAUACCAGCCCCAGCCUUCGACACUUCGUAAAUAUACUUUUCGUUAACAAAUUUUACUGCUUCUACUGACGGAAUACGUGAGAAAGAUCGUAGGAAGAUAGAGAAGAAAGGGUGAAGAGGAGCA